CUCCGUGCAGACUCCGGAACAAGGACCGGAUGACGUUGGAUGGUCUGCUCACCAUUAACUGUGCCCCGACUCACCAUUUGAGAAGAUUACGGCAAAAGAAAUGCAAAACUAAGUGUCACAUUACGAAUCCUUGCGAAGAUGGGACCCUUUUGCUUGGUGAUAAAUGAGAGCAACCCGAACUCGACCCAUCCGUGCAGUGAGUGAAGCUUUCCGUGCGUAAAGUCGAUGCUAAUGGUGAAGAAGAGCAUCAAAAAUAUCCCCUAUAAUAGCGUGUCCCCUUAAGCAGCUUAAUUUCUGCAAUUUACGAAAGUGAUAAAAGAGUGUAACGUUGAAGGUCACGGUACGCGAUCGAACAUGAAUGCCACGCCAGUUGCAAACGUACGAAGAUACCAGAAAACCAUUUUGCGGUGCACAAGUUCCAUCCCUGCGUGAGGCAGGAAACAACAACCCCCAAAAAUAGGGCCCCACGGUACCGUAUUUAAUUCAUUUACCGCUCAACGCAACCGAACCACAGACGGCUGCACCAUGAAUAUUAUGGACUCGGAGAACCGGGUCGUGCUGAACGUUGGCGGCAUACGGCACGAAACGUACAAGGCAACGCUCAAGAAGAUCCCGGCCACAAGACUAUCGCGCCUAACUGAGGCACUGGCCAAUUACGAUCCCAUCCUGAACGAGUACUUCUUCGAUCGGCACCCGGGCGUGUUCGCACAGGUGCUCAAUUACUAUCGCACCGGUAAAUUGCACUAUCCAACCGACGUCUGUGGUCCGCUGUUCGAAGAGGAGCUAGAAUUUUGGGGUUUGGACUCCAACCAGGUUGAACCGUGCUGCUGGAUGACCUACACACAGCAUCGCGAUACACAGGAAACGCUCGCCGUGCUGGAACGGCUCGAUCUCGACACGGAGAAACCGACGGAGGAGGAACUAGCUAGGAAAUUCGGUUACGAGGACGAUUAUCUAAAGGGUACGGUUUCCUGGUGGCAGCACACGAAACCGCAAAUUUGGUCGCUGUUCGAUGAACCGUACAGCUCCAACGCUGCCAAGAUAAUCGGUGUGAUAUCGGUGUUUUUCAUCUGCGUCUCCAUCCUGUCCUUCUGCCUGAAGACACACCCGGACAUGCGGGUGCCCGUUAUACGAAACAUCACGGUCAAGACGGCCAACGGCAGUACGGCUUGGGUGCUGGACAAAACACAAACGAACGCCCACGUGGCAUUCUUCUACAUCGAAUGUGUCUGCAAUGCGUGGUUCACGUUCGAAAUUUUGAUACGCUUUAUCUCCUCGCCCAACAAGUGCGAGUUCGUCACGUCAUCUGUAAAUAUCAUCGACUACAUCGCGACGCUUAGCUUCUACGUGGAUUUGGUGCUGCAGCGGUUCGCAUCUCACCUGGAAAAUGCGGACAUCCUCGAGUUCUUCUCCAUCAUCCGUAUCAUGCGGCUGUUCAAGCUGACGCGCCACUCGUCCGGGCUGAAGAUUCUCAUACAGACGUUUCGUGCGUCCGCCAAAGAGCUAACGCUGCUGGUGUUUUUCCUCGUGCUCGGUAUAGUGAUCUUUGCCAGCCUCGUGUACUACGCCGAACGGAUCCAGGCGAACCCGCACAACGACUUCAACAGCAUCCCGCUCGGGCUGUGGUGGGCGCUGGUCACGAUGACCACCGUCGGGUACGGGGAUAUGGCACCGAAGACGUACAUCGGCAUGUUCGUCGGUGCGCUGUGUGCGUUGGCCGGUGUACUAACGAUAGCGCUGCCAGUUCCGGUCAUUGUGAGCAACUUUGCGAUGUACUACUCGCACACGCAGGCUCGCGCAAAGUUGCCCAAGAAGCGACGGCGUGUACUACCGGUGGAGCAACCCCGACAGCCACGUACCGCAGGUCAAAGCGGUGGCAUUGGUAUGCCCGGUUCCGGCCCGAUGGCUCGCCGCAUGAACCAGGUGAAGACGAAGGAUCUGGGACCGAAAAUUGGUCCGAUCGGGGCAAGCAUCGUCGCAAUGUGCCCGAAAAACGUUGGCCUUCACACCAACCCAGCCCUUGCCAUGUGCAAGCCAACGUUCGAGGUGCGGCCACCGAGCAUUGUGCCGACGCCGAUGAUGCUGGUGCCGCGCGAUUCCAGCUACAAACCGACCGUUACCACACCGACGGCAAACAGCGGUACGGGACCGGGUACCCUAGCGGCACUCACCAAUGCCACCAGCACCACCAACAACAACAGCACGACGGUUGCCAACAACAACAGCAAGACUAGCAGCACGAACGGUGGCAGUGGGGCCGGCGUGAAAACGAUCGCCAACAGCAACAGCCAGUGCAGCAUCGUGAAAAGUACCAGCGGACAGCUAGCGAACUCGGUACUGAAGAGCAAUGGUACCACCGCUAAGGAGACGGCCGAGGAGAAAAGUUUUCUUUGAGCGUUUGUGGCCAACACCGUCACCGUCAUGCAUGCACCGAAACGCCCAAAAGUAUGCAAUCGCCAAGCACCGCCAACGGAAUGCCAAACACCCAACAACCAGACUCAACCACACCGUACGCGUAAGCCAUGUAAAUAUGAAAUCAUGAAAGCUCGUUGUAUAUGAUACUUUACCACCAGCAGAACAUGGUGUGAUAGCAUAGCUCGUUCUAUUUCUCGUACUUAAAAGCUCACCAACAAAUCAAAACCCAGCUCGUGCUCCGAAUGCAAGCAAAAGUGUACGUGUACGUGUGUUUACGUGUAAAAUAAUUGUCUCAACGCUAAAGAUCACUUGCUAGCGUAAGAGUGCAGUGCGUUCGGAAGCUUUGGCACCGAGACGGUGGUUCAAUUUUCAAUUAUGCCUUUUGACGCUUCGACAGCCCCACACAGGCACAGCAAUGACACGCAUAUUUUUAACUCAACUAUGUAUAAAAAUGUAAGCGAUGCGCGUAUAUAAAUAAAUGUGAAUAUUUCAACACUGGUGCGCACUCGAACGCUCGAUGCGCUACAGUGCUUCGUUAUGGUGCUUUGUUUUACAAUUCUUCCUGUGCGUUUUCACACAAAAUAAAAAGAUGGAAGCCCAUUGUACAACACAACCAUCCAUCAACAUUGUGCUAAAAAGGUUUCUCUGAAUCGAAAGAAUUUUUGCUGUACAUUUCUAUCAUCUUUUUCGAGAUUCAUCCUACCGAUCGAUUUUGUGUUACGUAAGAAAAAGCUAUGAAGUUUGGAAUAAUAAAACCAUUGAGUUUAACAUAAAUACAAAAACACCUAAGCUCUUCAGUCUAAAUCCAACAUUGUGUUAAGAAGCCUCUAAACAAAUUGCAAAAAUUAAGAAAACAAACACAGAAUCAUAAGCGUUGAAUGUGAUAAAAGUAGAUUUAAAAUAUAAAAAAGGGAAAGGUAAACCUUGUGUGGCAAACAAACCAAAACAAAAAAAAACAACCAAUUGUUGCAAAUGUAAAAUUUACUACUUGGCUAAGUAAUAAAUAAUAAUAAACAAUCUAGCAGAAACUUGAUCCUCUAACCAAGCUCAAGUGUGCGAUGUACUUCAGAUGCAAAUGCAUUCAAUUAAUGUAAAUCAAAACAGAAUCAGCAACAGCAAACAAGGAAGGAAGAAAAAGGCACCAUCGUAUGCAACUGACAGGGCGGAGACAGGCGUAAACUUUUACUUACCGAUUAUCACUGUUAAGAAAUUAUGAAAGCUUAACGUAAACAGAUUAAAAACAUCAAACACUAAAAGAAAAUAUGCAAAACCACAGACAAUGCGAUUGCUUGCUGCAUUCGAACUGGAAGUGAUAGAGAAAAACGCCAUAACAAACAAAUUCAUCUGAGGAAAAGGAAAUGAAUGAAAGGAAAAUGAAAUCACACGAUGACACUUUACGAGAAAGCAUUAAUCGAAAAGAAAACAACAACAAGAGCAAAAAACGUCAAGACAACAAAAAGCAUUGCCAUUUAUUGUAUUUUUUUCUCACUCCCGUCACGACACGGCACGGUUCUGGAUACAAAGAAAUGAAAAGAGAAUGAAAAAUAUGAAUCGCCAAGCAAACAAAACAUGACAAAUGCAAUUUUAUUUUGUUUGAAUUUGUUUUCGUUUCGGUCCAUUUUAUUGUGUUUACCUAUUUCUUUCUCAUUUGGCAUUCGGCGAAUGUUUAUCCUUGGGGAUUUAAUCCGAUUUAUAUCGUUAUGUUGCUGAGGGUCAGUAUACAAAAAAAAACAGCUCCAUAGACACUGGGUUUGUUUCGAUGCUGGAAAGAAAGCAGCAAACUAAACGCUGAAAUACGGUUAUGAUAUCCUUUCUCGAACCGAAGACGAAUGCUCGGAAGUGUUGAAGAAUUAUUCAUACAACAACAACAAAAAGGAAAGCGAUAACGAAAAUAAAAAAUUAUUAUCACAAA